AUGCGAUACGAAAACUGGGAUGUCCUCCUCUUCCCAGGGGACUCCAAGACCCCGAUCCAGGAGUUCAAGACGCAGUGCUCCGUGAUCCAAGGCAGAGAGUCGCCCUACCUCAACGAUAUGGGACCCGUCCUAGGCCCGCAGUCUUUCCAAAUGCCGCCAGGAACCCAGACCUUGCUGCCGGUCCUUGGUAGCUAUAUCCCAAGCUUGCCGGAAGGUGCCCCGUUCCGAGCGUCUAUUCAUAACUGGGACCAGCCUGUGCCCAGCCGGUUGAUGGAUAGCCUGAUGCAGCCUGAUGAUGCCUUGUUGUAUCAUGCUCAAGUCUAUAUCGAUGGGGAGCCGGCUUCGUGA